AUGAAAUCACAUAAACCAAAUAAAAAAUCUAAUAAUAAAUAAUGUCUAAUAGAUGAAAUUGGAUAUUAUAAGUAAUGUUGUCGUUUUUUACCUUUGGAAAGAGCUAAUGAAUUUUCUACUUAGGAUGCAAUUAUUUAUGACCGACUAAGAUAAGCAGGAAUGAAAAGAAAUAAAGCAUUACAAUUUUGCAAAGGUUAAAAUUGUAAAAUAGAUUCUACAUAAAGAAAACAUGGUCCUCCUGGAUUUAAGAUCUUCAACACAAAAUAGAUUAAUAUAAGUAACUAAAUGGGUAAUUAAAAUAAAUAAUAAUAGUUGGUAAAUGA